GUCAGUCUUGCGAUCCAUGUCACUACAUAAGAUGUUUUCUUUUUCUUUUUCUUUUUCUUCAAAACCAUGUCUAGUCCCUCUUCCUCGGAGGAUCGCGAGAUAUCUUAUAAUUUCUGGUGCGUUUGUACUCUUGCGUUUCUUUUCGAUAUAAAUCCCUUGUACAGGCGAGAACAUUCGGAGCUAUCCAAGGCAUUCAGUGAUUACUACCUGCCUUCACCUCCAGAAGAUCCCCCGCCAACCAUGGCUACUCAGCAUCAGCUUAUGUAUGACGGAGGCUUGAAGAACAAUGAUCAGCGUCAUGUUCGCAGUGCUACUGGACACCCUUCGGACGCCUCUCUCAAUAUGGGGUCUUCAUGCAAUGUUUCUGUAUCAUGUCGCGUGGAGGGUCGCCCUUACCCGGUUCAUAAUAGCCAAUUACAACUGCAUGGAUCUUCUUCAGCGGAGCACAGAGUGGGUUAUGAUUUCUGGAAGCAGGAUUCGGAGCUAUUCAAUGCAUUGCACGCAGAACCGCCGGGAUUUGUCCAUCAUGGCCUGUCCUCCUUUCAGCCUCAGCAGAACUACUACUUGCCUUCACCUCCAGAGGAUCCCCCAGCGACCGUGGUUGCUCAGCAUCAGCUUAUGUAUGACGGAGACUCGACGAACAACGAUCAGGCUCCUGCUCAUCUAGAGUUUUCUCGUAACAAUGGUCUAUCUUUGAGUGAUUCGACGCACUCGUUCCUUGAGAACGGUCAGUAUAAUAUUCACAUUGCUGCUGGACAGCCUUCGGACAACGUCUCUUUCAACGAUUUCCACUCUCCUCAGUCUUUCUCCGAUGAUGGUGACGCUCACACGGUUCGUGAAAACCAAUCAUCAUCGCACGGAUUUAGCCACUUGUUAGUCUGCAAGUGGAAAGAUGAUCGCGGUCUAUGCAACAAGACUGAAAAUGAACUCCGAAAGAUGGUGAAGCAUGUGAGGUCAUCUCAUCUCCCACCGCAUAGUCGCGCCACUAUGAAAUGUCAAUGGGAGGGAUGUAAAGAUUCUAUCUGCCGAGAUACAAUUUUUCGCCACAUUCGUCAAAUUCACCUCGAAAUCGGAUCGCGACGCCAGGCAUAGGUUACUUCGAUUCGCACAUGAAUAGACUCCCUCACGAUCCGCGGCCCAUAUUGUUCACAAUUGGCAGCAAAGUCUGAGGGUCUCUAGUACAUCAUCGAGUGUGUCUCUUGCACCUCAUCAUAAUUAAGGAGCCUCUGGCGCUGUCUCCGAGCCCCUCCGCAUCGCUAUAUGUAAUUUGAUCCCCCCACACUCAUGUUUCGUUUUCCCCUCACGCUUAUGUUAUGUUGUUUUCUCUCGCUUCUUAUAUUGUGUUUCCCUUUGUAGUUAUGUUAUGUCACCUAUGUUGUUUCGUGCUUUCGUACUUGAGAAUGUUUCUUAAUAGAUUCUUGGUGAAUUUAAUCGGGUUCUGAAGACAACAAGA